AUGCAUCCAGAAUUCUCGGAUGAGGACAUCAUGGCCUUGUUCGAGGAUGAGGUGGACGAUGAAGAUAAGGACAAAUGGAUAGUGUGGUUCGACGGUGCGUCCAACGCACUAGGCCAUGGAGUUGGGGUGGUUUUGCUUACCCCCGAUGAUCAAUGCAUACCCUUCAUGGCUAGGUUAGGGUUUGACUGCAUGAAUAACAUGGUUGAAUAUGAGUUGAGAGGAGAAUGGGAGACUAGGAAUCAUAAGUUGAUACCCUACCAAGCCUACAUCAAGAAGCUGACAGAGUUCUUCGAUGACGUAUCCUUCCACCAUAUUUCCAGACAGAAGAAUCAAAUGGCUGAUGCGCUCGCCACUCUAGCAUCCAUGUUCCAAUUGAUCCCGCAUGGGGAUUUGUCGUACAUCAAGUUUAGAUGUCAUGGGAAACCUACACAUUGCUGCUUGAUAGAGGAGAAGCAAGAUGGUAGACCUUGGUACUUUGACAUCAAGCGAUAUAUCAAAGACAAGGAGUGCACACAGGAGGCUUCUGACAACGACAAGAGAAUGUUGCGAAGGCUAGCAGCAGGCUUUUUCCUAAGCGAAGAUAUCCUGUACAAGAAAAACCAUGAUAUGGUCCUGCUCCGAUGUGUAGAUGCCAGGGAGAUUGAUCUAAUGCCCAUGGAGGUGCAUGAGGGAUCCUUUGGGACGCAUGCCAAUGCACAUGCCAAGGCCCGGAAGAUUCUGAGGGUAGGGUACUACUGGCUCACCAUGGAAAAUGAUUGUUGUAUCCAUGUGAGAAAAUUCCAUAAGUGUCAGGCAUUUGCAGACAAUGUCAAUGCUUCGGCCGUGCCUUUAAACAUCUUGGUAGUGCCUUGGCCAUUCUCUAUGUGGGGAAUAGACGUGAUCGGAGCUAUUGAGCCCAAGGCUUCAAACAGACACCGCUUCGUUUUGGUUGCAAUCGACUACUUCACCAAAUGGGUUGAAGCGGCUUCAUACGCCAGUGUAACAAGGAGCGUGGUGGUUAGGUUCAUCAAGAAAGAGAUAAUUUGCUGGUAUAGAUUGCCCAGGAAGAUUAUCACUGACAAUGCCACCAAUCUGAACAACAAAAUGAUGAAAGAGAUGUGUGAAGAUUUCAAGAUCCAACAUCACAAUUCUAUGCCUUAUAGGCCCUAG